GAAAGCGAAGGUCAUUUUUUCUUAUCAAUAACAAAAGACAAACCAAAGAGAAAUAAAUUAAUAAUGACUGUGAUAUGAUAUAAAAUUAAUAAGUAAAAGCUCCUCCGCUCACUUACAUAAAUAAAUUUUGUCUUCAAUUUAUUUAUUUAGUUCAAUUCAUUCAUUAACAAGCUUGUUUUUAGUGUACUCUCUACUUUUUGUAAAAAAAAAUGACCAAAAACAAUUUUGAAAUAAUCCAAUUUACCAAUUGUCGCCUUCUCCGCAAUCAUUCCAUUAUCAAAGAGGAUCUCUUGAUUCGAAAUGGAAAAAUUAUUAAUCCAGAACCAGUGUUCUUCGAUGAAAAGAAAAUACCAGAAAAAGUAAUUGAUUGUAAAAAUGCAAUUAUUGCUCCAGGAUUUAUAGACUUGCAAAUAAAUGGUGGAUAUGGUGUUGAUUUUUCAUACGACAUCGACACUGUUGCGGAAGGGGUCAUCAAAGUUGCAAAAGGUCUGAUAACAAAUGGUGUCACUUCGUUUUGUCCUACUUUAGUUAGUUCUCCGAGUGAGAUAUAUCGUAAAGUCUUGCCACAGAUACCAACGCAUGUUUCAAAAGGCGCUGGUAUCUUAGGAGUACAUCUUGAAGGGCCAUUUAUUAAUCCUCAGAAAAAGGGCGCUCAUCCAGAAGUUUGUUUGAAAAAACUAGACAAGAACUUUGAAACUCUACUUGCCACUUAUGGAACUCUAGACAAUGUCAAAAUAUUAACUUUGGCUCCCGAAUUGGAUAUAACAGGAGAAGUCACGAAAAAAUUAACUUUGAUGGGUAUUACGGUAGCUCUUGGUCAUUCUAUGGCAAGUCUGUCGGAAGGAGAAAAAGCUGCCCAAAAUGGAGCCACUCUCAUAACGCAUCUUUUCAAUGCAAUGCUGCCAUUCCAUCAUAGAGAUCCUGGUCUUGUAGGUCUACUAGCAUCUAAGAACUUACCACCUAAUCGAACAAUGUACUUUGGUAUCAUAGCUGACGGAGUACACACACAUCCGGCAGCAUUACGUAUUGCGCACAGAACUCAUCCAGAAGGUUUGAUAUUAGUAACUGAUGCUAUCUCGGCUUUGGGUUUAGAAGAAGGACUACAUCAUAUUGGUCAGUUGGAUUUGCAAGUUAGCGACGGAAAAGCAUUUAUUGCCGGAACAAAUACUCUUUGUGGGAGCAUAGCACCGCUGGACGAGUGUGUACGAAUAUUUAAAAGAUCUACAGAAUGCUCAACUGUUUAUGCCUUGGAAUCAGCAACUCUACAUCCAGCCAAGUGCCUAGAUAUUGAAAAGUCAAAAGGUACACUCGACUUUGAAUCUGAUGCUGAUUUUAUUAUGUUGGAUGACGAGUUACGGGUUCUCUCUACAUGGAUAGAUGGAGAAUGUGUUUACAAAGUUUAGUUUGUAAAAAUCCAAAGAAUUUAAUCAAUUUAUGUUUUAUAUCAUCUUUAAUUGCAUUUGAAAUAUAUAUUUUUAUAACAAA